UGAUGUCAUUUUUCACGUCGUCGUAUCAGUAUAUGAUUUUUCUCGCAUUGACGCAAGUGAUACCUAUGAUGCGACUUUCUAAACAAGUUUCGUGAGUUUUAUGAUAAACAAGUUUUCGUGGUGAAAUUAUUUUCUGUGAUAAUAUUAAUUAACUAUUUAAAUAAUUGUGUUUUUAACAGAUUUACUUUUUGAUCUAAUAUGGAAACUGAAGGAAUCAGUAAUAAAAUAAAUCCAGAUUUAAUUAAAGAACGCCAAAAAUGUACUUUUAACACUGUUGAGUUGACAUACUUGUUAGAUGGUGGUGAGGAGAAGACCAAAGAAAGGAAGAGCAGAGAAUUUUUUUUCCUGGAAGAUCCCGAGUUACGCUCAAAAAUUCCCUUGGAAUAUUUAAGUCACAAAGAGAAAUAUGAGGAAUCGGUACGGAUUGCUUGUAAAAUUUUUCAAAAGGUUCAGCAGCUCCAAAGUGAGGGAAAAGGGGGAAUGGAUAAUUUUAGAGAGAUUCUUGGUGGUCAGUUGGGAUCGGCUCUGCUCAAAGAUGGCAACCCGUUAACGUUACACUAUGUGAUGUUCAUACCAACUUUGAUGGGCCAAGGAAACAUCGAGCAGCAAGCUGAGUGGAUCCAAAAAGCAUGGAACUGUGACAUUAUAGGCACAUAUGCACAAACAGAAUUAGGACACGGAACAUUUAUUAGAGGACUGGAAACCACUUCCACGUAUGAUCCAAAGACAGAAGAGUUCGUUUUAGACAGCCCGACUUUAACAUCGUACAAAUGGUGGCCAGGGGGGCUCGGCCAAUCAGCCAAUUACGCUAUUGUCGUCGCACAGCUUUAUACCCAAGGCAAAUGCCAUGGGAUCCACCCGUUCAUAGUUCAAUUAAGAGACGAGAAAACGCAUAAACCGCUGCCCGGGAUCAAAAUAGGUGAAAUAGGCUGCAAAAUGGGAAUGAACUGUACAAACAACGGGUAUCUAGGGUUCGAGAAUGUGAGAAUUCCCAGAACAAACAUGCUCAUGAAAAAUAACAAAGUUUUACCUGAUGGUACGUACGUACAAUCACCUAGUAGCAAACUAACGUAUGGUACGAUGAUAUUCGUACGAGUAGUUUUAGUGCAGGAUGCUGCAACGUAUUUAAAAAAAGCCGCUAUUAUUGCUACAAGAUACAGUGCUAUCCGGCACCAGUCACAAAUAAAUCCGAAUGAACCCGAGGUACAAAUAUUAGAUUUUGUCACUCAGCAGUAUAAACUACUCCCUUAUAUUUCUAUGUGCUUCGCUUUCCAAUACACCGCAAAUUGGUUAUGGGAUAUCUACAACAACGUCACCGGAGAACUAGAAAGUGGACAAUUGAACAAUUUGCCAGAACUCCACGCAGCGUCUUGUGUCUUGAAAGCCGUGAGCAGUGCUGACGCAGCACAAGGCGUAGAAACGCUUCGCUUGGCUUGCGGCGGUCACGGUUACAUGACAUCUUCAAACCUGCCAAGGACAUAUGGACUGGUCACGGCAAUGUGCACUUAUGAAGGUGAAAAUACUGUGCUGCUGUUGCAGACCGCUAGAUUUUUAAUUAAAACCUGGCAAAAUAAAACUAAUAUUGGUAAAUUGCCAACUGUAAAGUAUUUAGAAACGUCCCUUCACAGAAAAAUUCCAUUUGAAAAAUCCGCGAAGUGGAUCAUAUCGGCUUUGCAGCAGACAGCGGCAGGGAAAAUCAACCUAGCCAAUCAGCAUAUAAAUGAGCGUGUCAAAAAAGGACAAUCGCAAGAAGACGCUUGGAACAACACUUCCAUUGAAUUGGCAGCUGCAGCAGAACUACACGGUAGAAUGUUUAUAGUUGAAACUUACUACAAUACUGUUAAUAAUUUAAAGAAGCAGACCUCGCGAGAAUUGGGCAUAGUUCUUCAGCAACUUUUAGAGCUUUAUGCUGUUUAUACAAUCCUCAGAUCAACAGGAGAUGUUUUAAGGUUUACAGAUGCACUUGGUAGAGACAUGGAAGCACUCCAAUUGUGGCUUGAAGAGUUAUUAGCAGCGAUACGUCCGAACGCAGUUGCAUUAGUUGACAGCUUUGAUAUACGUGACGAGGUCUUAUCGUCAGCUUUAGGGGCUUACGAUGGAAACGUUUACGAGAGGUUGUAUGAAGAGGCACAGAAAAGUCCUUUAAAUCAAGAGCCAGUGAACAAGUCCUUCCACAUGUACCUCAAACCUUUCAUGCAGUCUAAUCUUUAGGUCGUUUUCGGAGGAAACGGGGACCAAAUUUAUUCGUCUAGUUCUAGUUAAUCGUGUGCAAAUUUUAAUAUUGUUAUGUUUUAUAUGUAUGUUGAACAAUGUUUUGUAUAAUGAAGUAGAUGGUCGUAGAUUGAUCAAGAAAUUAUUUUUUUUUACUUUUUUUUCCAUAUAAACUGAUUAUCUUGUUCUAACAGUAUAUUUGAGUUCAUUGCAAAAGUGUAAUAAAAGUAUUGUCUUUAAUCCCUCCGUAUAUUGUAUUUUUUUAAAUAAAAUAUGUCCAAUGUUU